UGCUUGAAAGGCCUGGGGAAGCUGUGGUGGUUGGGAUGUCCCGCUUGUACGAGUGUCCCCUGCGGCUGGAGAAGGGCUUUAUCUUGGAUGGGGUGGCUGUGAGCAGCGUGGCCCACGCUUAUGACCGCACAAGGCCCAAGCUUUGGUCCGCGAUCCCACCCUACAAUGCGCAGCAGGACUACCACGCACGUCGCUACUUCCAGAGCCACGUGGUUCCGCCCAUUUUGCGCAAAACCCAUCAGGAUCAUGGCGGUACAGGACGUGAUGGCUGGGUAGUAGAUUAUUUCCAUAUCUUCGGACAAGGACAGCGAUACCUUAACAGGAGAAACUGGGCAGGGGCAGGGCACUCUCUCCAGCAGGUGACCGGGCAUGAUCACUACAACAGAGAUCUGAAACUCGUCACUGGGUUCAAUGGUCGGUUUGGCUACCGCCGGAACACCCCUGCCCUCCGCCAGCAUGUAUCAGUCUUUGGAGAGGUUACUCCAUUCCCUCUCUUCUAACACCAUCCCUGCCCUCCCUUUCUCUCCUCUGCUCUCUCCAGCCCUCCCAGUUCAAUUGCUAAAACAAGUGUUUAGAUAGACUCUUCAUGCAAUUGUACAGAUAAAAAUCUUAUUUGUGU